AUGGACUCCCUCCGCCCCCUCCUCCCCCAAAUCUCCGCUACGGCAGCACUAGUAACCUACGCCAGCACCCGUAAAAAGCUCACUCCGGCUGGAAUCGUCGCCGGAAUCCUAGUAGCAGGCGUCCACAUGCUACACCCCUGGCCUGCGUUCUUCUGGCUUCUGAUAAUUUUCUUCGUUCUUGGGACUGGAGUAACGAGAGUAGGCAAGAAAGCUAAAGCUGGACUUACGAUCUCGUAUUCCGGGGCUAAGGGACUUAUUGGAAUUGGGGAGAAAGGUGGCAGUAAGGGCGAUGCUGGGCAUGCCGAGGGCGAGGGAGGCGAAGGCGCGAGGACGAGCGUCCAGGUCUUCGCCAAUUCGGGAUUUGCUUGCGUGCUGAUACUGGCAUAUACAUACUUGCUCACUUCAACUGGACCGUUCAUCUCCUCGCACAUAUCAGGACUCUCACCUGGACUAUACAUGCCCGCUCUAUCAGCUGUUCUACCAAUAGGAAUAAUCGCCCAGUACGCAGCCGUAGCAUCCGACACUUUCUCCUCCGAACUCGGGAUCCUGGCCAAGACGAAACCGGUUCUGAUUAUGGCACCUUGGAAACGUGUACCGGCUGGUACGAACGGUGGUGUGACGAUCGAGGGAGUAGGCUGGGGUGUACUGGGCGGGUUUCUACUUACUCUUACUGCGGCGCUCGCAUUAAGAGUCUCGCCUCCUUACGUCAGCUUGGAUGUCAGCACUGUCGCCCUUUUGACAGUCGCGGGACUGGUUGGUACGGUCAUGGACUCGCUUCUUGGAGCUCUUGUGCAAGCUACAGUCACAGAUGGCAAGACUGGUAAGGUCGUGGAGGGACAUGGUGGGAUGAGAGUCCAGGUCAUGCAAGGUGGUGGUAAGGUCAAAGCGGGCGGCAUGGAUGUGUUGACGAACAACGGCGUCAACUUUGUCAUGGCUGCUGGAUCUUCCAUACCCAUAUUCGUACAGCCAUCUGCAAUACGGAAUGGCUAUGGUUCCUUCUGUCUCCCCAACAAGCAGUUAUGCAAAAACAGGGGUAUAUCGAAGAAGACAACCACAACGCCACCCAAUGCGUCCAGAACUCCAUACACCAGCUUUUAUUCGAAGCGUGCCACGUUCAUGUCGUGA